AUGCGUGCGCGAUCGACAAGCAAGGAGAUGAAGAUCUGGUGCCUGGGUAGCGUGAGCUUGGAUCCUGUGCAAGUGAAAACCGGAGUAAGUAUUAAUCAAAGACCUCGAUUCCGUUGUCUUUACUUGCUGAUGCGCAUGGAUACAAAAAGCGCCUACAUUCUGCUAUGGAUGAGUGGUUACUGGAUAACGGGAGUCGUUCCGCUCUAUGCAACAGCCCUACUUCCAAUGCUUGCUGGACCCAUAAUGGGUCUGCAGACGUCAGGCACCCUCUCCCGCGAGUAUUUGCCAACUUCAAAUUUCCUCUUCAUCGCGAGCAUGUUUCUAGCCGGGGCAGCCGAACACUGCAACCUGCAUCGCCGGGUUGUCAUCUUCUGUCUAAGGUGUAUGGGUGGGGAUCCUAGGCUAAUUCUUCUAGGAAUAAUGAUUCCCACCUGGUUUUUGUCACUGUGGAUGAGUAACAGUGCCACAACGCUGCUGAUGGUGACAAUAACGGAAACAUUGUUGAAUAGAAUUGACGAGGUUACCAAGAGUAAGCGUAUUUCUGAUAAGGUAGAGCCAGAGCUUGAAUCGAAGCUUCACCUUGCAACAACUCCUUUUCAGGCAUUGAAGGCUCUGUGGAGGAAAGAGACUCCACUGCUAACACAAUACACACUUAUAACUUCGCAUUCAACUCCCAACCUUUUCAGAAGUAAGUCCAGUGAAGAGAGUGGUGAGGAGCUGUCUCCCAAUCGUUCCAAAUGGCAAAAGUUUGGUGUCGGUCUCAGCCUAAGUGUCUGCUACUCCGCCAGUUGUGGAGGCAUGGGAACGCUUACCGGAACGCCAACAAAUAUUGUCGUUUAUAAUCUUCUUACAGAUGUGUACGGAAGUGAGACAGGUUUGAAUUUCGGUUCAUGGAUGGCGUACGCCUUCCCCAUCUCGCUGAUCAUCCUUCUCUGCAUUUGGUUUACAAUUUGUCUGAUAUACCUCGGACCAAAACAGCUAUUCAGUUGCCGAAGAACCGUGUCCAAAUCAGCGUCUAGCGCAUCCGAUGAAGUGUUCACCAUAGAAGAAAGCGAGGAGGGACAUGAGAGUAAACGGAAGAUAGCAGACAUUUCCCUUGCCGAUAUUGUUCAGAAGAUUAUUGAGGAGGAGGAGAAAGUUAUCGGUUCUAUGACGUGGGCCGAGGGAACCGUUCUGACGCUUUUUAUUUCAGUCGUGAUCCUGUGGAUAGGCAGAGAGCCAGGCGUGCCAGGGUGGUCUCUCAUCAUGCCAACCAAAACCAAUUCAAAGGGCCGAAUUAUUCAUUACGUCGGAGAUACGCAACCUAUUGUGUUGGUGGCCUUCCUGGCCUUGGUUCUACCCUACAACAACCCAUUUAAACUGCGUAACUGUCCGGAUGAAAUGCGGAAAGAAGCACUAGCUAGGCUGAAUCGACCGCUUCUGCCAUGGUCAGAAGCUGAAAAGAAGUGCGCUUGGGGCGUCAUUAUCCUCAUUGGUGGCGGGUUUGCCCUCUCCAAAAUAGUCACGUCGUCUGGUCUGUCUACAGUCAUCAGUGAUAGCCUGGUAGGAUUGAAUGCUCUACCGCCAUUCGCUAUUGUCUACAUUUUGACAGUGAUGUGCUCAUUUUUGACGGAGAUGGUGUCAAACACCGCAACUGUUACCAUUCUCACCCCAAUCAUGUUUGAACUUGCUGAUAAAUUGGCGAUUCAUCCCUUUUGUCUCACUUUACCACUCGUCCUUGCCACUUCAUUGGCUUUCAUUCUGCCCGCUGCUACCCCGCCGAAUGCCAUUAUCUUUGCCAAAGGUCGUGUCCGAUUAAUUGAUAUGAUGAAAACUGGAGUAAUUCUCAACUGCGUGGCACAGGCUGUCGUGACUGUGGGCACCAUAACAUACGGAGUGCCGCUAUUUGGUCUUAAUGCAGUUCCCGAUUGGGCUCUAAACAUAACCUCGCGAUAUUGA